ACAAUGGGGAAACAGCAAGUGAAAGAUGGAUAAACAUGGAAAGGAAGAAUAACCUAUAUAAUCUUCUCCUCCUAGGAAUACCAGUGCAUUUCUGAAUUCGGUACAUCCAGAGAAAUAUGGACUACACUUUGGCCCUCCUGUUUUCUCUGCUGCACGUUUUAAGUGUGGGUACAGCUGCUCCUCUGCCAGUGGAAGUAGUGAACAUGAAAUCAAAAGUGAAAUUGCUGGCCGAACAGCUGGUGGUCAGGCUGAACAAAAACUUCCAGGUCCCCGUCGGUCUGACGCUCAAUCCACCUGUUGAUGAUCUGGAUGGACUUGCCUUCAUAGUGACCGUGUUGGAGGAUUAUAACAGCCUGAUCCCUGACAACUUUAGCGGGGUCUCCCAGAUCAAGUUUGACAUCUCUUCGCUGACGGGUUUCCUCGAACAGUGGAAGAAGGGGCACUGCAGUGAGCAGCGGGCAAAACCUUCACUGCCAGAGCCGCUGCAAGAGCUACAGAGUAGAAAAGAGUUCAUUCACACUGUGAGCAUCGAGGCUCUCAUGAGAGUAAAGGAGUUCCUCAAUCUGCUGCUGAAAAAUCUGGAUAAUCUUGAGACUUGCUGAAUGACGUACAUUGGAACCAAUAUUUGUAAAUUGCUGGCCUACUUUUUGGACAUUUUGCAUCAGUGAUGUCUGAAUGUUGAACUUUUGUAAUGUGCUUUGAAGGAAAUGUAUUCUUGAACAUG